UUCAGUUUUGCUCCUUCGCCUCGCUCACUGUAUCGUGAACCGUCAUUCUGACAACAUCGUGCGUCCGUCGGAACAUCAAUCUCUGAAGAAAAGUGCGCUUCACGGCUUGAAGACAAGAUCCCUAAUUUUCAGUAGUGUGAAAAGUGAAUUUUUCCCAGCGUUUUCCAGCCGUUUUGCGACUUGCUAAAACCUACAUCUACUACCACCACCAUGUCUGAAGACGAGGUCCAGAUUGAGAGUAGCGAAGAGGGGGAGGAGAAAGCAACCAGCCCGAAAAAAGGUCGCGGCCGUCCCAAGAAGGCAGCUGCUGCGACUCCGUCCAGCGCAGAGCGCGAGCUUAGCAGCAGUUUCCGAGCGAACGCUGUGAUUGAAAAGCUGGAAUCAAUGCUCACCGCAUUCAAGGGUACCCUGUGGGGUCACUCGGCAACGCCGGGAUCAUCGGUCCCCCAGGUGGGACACAUUCUAGUGCAUCAUGAAGUGCCUGGCCAAUCUACUACUACUACCGGUAUUACUGUUGCCGAUUCGGCAGCGGCCGUCAGAUGCAGCGACUUCCCUACCGAACUGUCCCCAAGUCCAGAACCGUGUGCUGUUGCAGUAGCUGCGGAGGAGGACAUCGCCCCUGGUGCUCCCCUCCCGUAUCAUUCGGUGGCAGGUGAUCCGACGAGGAACCAACCAGAAGAGCCCCGCUCUCCCGAGCAGUGGUAUAACCCGAUUGCAAAACAAACGGCAACCCCAGCAGUUCUGUCCGCACAGGAACAGCCUGCACACGAAAAAGUUGCCGAAAUACCGUCAGCAACGCCCCUAGAGGGAGCACCAAUCAAUUGUGAAUUCAAGGUGCCACCACUUCCGGUUACGUUCGAUACUCAGUUCCUGCCUUCUCAGCACUUACCUGUCGCAGCAUUUUCGCCCGCUCCAUCGUCCACAACGUCCUCGACGGAUUUACAGUUUUCGGAUCUUGCGAGCCAACAAGACAAUCAGUUCAUAACGAACAUUGAAAUCAACGCCACCAUCGACGAGGAUCAGUUCCAGCCAGCGCAAAACUUUCAGUUUGCGGCGUCCGAUUUCGACUUUCUACUGUCGAAGGGCGGAGGACAGGAUCAGACAGUGGAUGCAGCUCGCGAUUCACUGCUGUUGAAAUUUGAUCCUCUGCUGAAAACGGCACCUGCUCUGAUCAACAGUCAGCGGCUCAGCGUGACGCGCGAGGAAACACCCGAAGAAGUUGGUACCAGUGAGCUGCAGGAAUUACCGGAUUUUGUCGAAGGUGUCAUAGAAAUAAACAGCAGCAGCAGCACCAACAACCCACUGCCGCCAAUAAUCGUAGAAACUGCACCCGCAGCAGAAGACGGCGAAGGCAAAAGCCUCGACCCGCAGCAGCAGCUGGAAGAGGGGGAGCAGAACAGCAGUGUUGUGGGCGAGCUUGGAGGUGGAGGUGUUCUGGUGACGGGACUGGAGACGAGUGGAUUUGUUGCUGUUGCCGCUGUUUCACCAUCCGCCUGCACGACUGGCAUGAGUAUGAACGUCGACGAGGAGGCAAAAAAUCCGCAACCACACUGCGCAGAUGACGAAGAAGCGGAUGAAAAAAUGAGCGUUGACAAUACGAUGAUACUGGACGGUGGCGAAAGCUCCUCCUCGAUGGCAGAACGUAACAUGAGCUACAUGGAGGCGGAUCAGGAUUUCAAUGGCACCGGCGUUAGCCUCAACAGCAGCAGCAGCAACACCAGCAAUGAACUGGCCGACAAGAAGAGCAAAAAUGAAUCGCUAAAAAUCGAGGAAUUGCAGAAAAAGCUCAGCGAGGCGGAACUCCGGGAGGAAGCCCUGCUGAAACGGAUCACCGACAAGGACAAAACCAUCUCUAAAAUGAGUGGAGUGGUGGAAGCGUACGAACGUGCCAUCGCCGAUCUGAUCACCCAGAAGGAACAGACGACGCAAAGCUACGAAAAAACUUGCGAAGCCCUCAAGGCGGACAGUGACAUCAAUGCCCAGCAUCUGGAAUCGCUGGAGAAAACCUUCUCCGACUUGCACGCCAAGUACGAACGGAUGAAAGUCAUCACGGUGGAGUACAAGGAACGGGAGGAGGAACUCAUCAACGAGCGGAACCGGUUCGAGGAGAGCCUUCGGAUGCAGGAAAAGCGCUACGAAAACAUGAAGAGCCACGCCAUGGCGCAGCUGGACAUUGCCAACAACAAAUUGGCCGAACUGGUCCGGAAUCAUGCCCAAGAGGUGACCAAAUUGAAGGCUCUGCUAAAGAAGGAGGAAAUCUACCGGGCCUCGGUGAACGAACAGCUAAGCCAAAAGUCGCGGGAGAACGAAGAACUGGUGAAGAUCUGUGAAGAGCUAAUUAAUGGAGGUGCUAAUUAAUUGGACUAAUCCGAACGGCGACGGAGUGAUGAUAAUAGUGAUUAAGAGUGAAUUGAGUGUGCGAAAAAAAAAACAAUGUAACGAUAAGACAUUGAAAUGCGGUAAUCGUAUAUUAAUAACUGAAAUACACAUGUUAAACCUUCAACUUUAAUAAAGAGCAAGGAAAGUGCGUUUCCUCUUCUGA